AUGUCUACACAAUCUACGCCGCGCUCGGCGCGCUCGCCCUCCUACCAGGGGAAUUCUCCGCGUAUCUUGACACCGGGACAAAAGAUAAAAGCCAUGAUGGCCCAAUUUGACAGCGACUCGGAAUCAGAUUCAGAAACGACAAAGAAAACACGAUUGUCUUUAUCGAAGCUGGACUUCGGCGCUAAAACCACCUCUGCCGGACACAGCAACCUCCAUCAUUCAGAAGACGACUCGGACGAGGAUAAUAUGAUGGUCAGGCCUAAAGGCCGCAUGGCCGCCCGCAUGCAAGGCGACACCGAUGUAUCCGCGGUCUCAAACAAGGCUCAGCAAGCAUCCAUCCCCCCACAGCAGCCAGAGCCGAUCCGGAAAAACACAGAACCAAAGAGAAACACAAACCCACGGAGUCCAUCACCAAUGAGCGAAUCGAGUAGCGACGAACUGCCUUCGGCAAUCCCACGGCGAAGGCCCAAUGCAAGAACGACACAAUCUCCCGUUUCCCAACGUCACUCAUCUGUAUCGCCUGCACCGGCACGGUCUAGCUCACCAUUGUUCGUCUCGUCGGCGGCGUCUCAGAAUGGUGAUAUCUCCGAAAAUAGAGAAAGUGAGACACUGGCAAACCCCAAAUCCAAUGCCAGGUUUCUUGCGCUUGUCGCCAAGAAACGUAAGGAGCGAGAGGAGCGCGAACGUCUCGAAGAGGAACGACGGGAAGCUCGACGCGCCCAAAUGGAACAUUUCAGCUCUGAAAUCGUGUCUGGUGAAGAGACCGAAGGCGAGGAUGGGAACUCAGGUCAGAAACUGAGCCAAGUCCCACGACAGCCUCGAAAGGCAAGCAAGAAAGCCUUGGAGGAAAUGCGCCAGGAGACGCAACGCAUGAGUCGAAACAUGCAGCUGGCUCACCAGGCCCAGACGAAGAAAAAGCUCACCAAAGAGAGUUUGUUCGCGAAAUUCAACUUCAUGCAGCCCCCGCCCGCCCCUACAGCAGCCGCGACUACGAAUUCAUCCUCGACUGCGGGGUCACAGCAAUCCUCAGAUGGGGAGAUCCCGAAGAGGCACGAUAGAACACCAGGCACAUCCCCUGUGUUGGGGCCGUCAGACACAGAGAAGCCCGUGCCAGCGCUCACCGAGAUAUCGGUACCGCAGGUAGCUGACGCUGGUGCUAAGCCAAGCGAGGCCACCCUUCUCGCGCAACCCAACAAUUCAAAGUCUCCUGUCGGCGUGGAUUCAGCAAAAGCUUCGGUCAUGUCCAGGAAGGAGAUCCGCAAGCCAGCACAGCCCGCGGUUCGCGUGCUUCUGUCACGUCAAGAUGUUGCCCGACAGCAAAAGGAUGACUCGGAUGAUGACGACCUUGAGGUUGUCACAUCCCCCUCAAGGCUCGGCGGAUAG